CCUCCUCGACGCUUUACUAUUCUGUCGCUGGCUUCGGCUCUGUCGAUACAGCUGGCACCGAGGCAAAACAAAUAUCUGAAUCACUUAUCCCCGCUGUCAUUUCUGCUCCUGAACGCGAUUGCUUAAUUGUGGUCUAGGAAACAUCUUGACUCAAAUUGCAAUGUCGCCACCUAGCUAUACUGUCUUCCACUUACCAUGCAUCUGACCUGCCAAUCCCACAGUGCUUCUAUGCAUUUGCUGGUUAUGCUUAUCUGGCCUUCAUGCCCAUGCUUUAGGGUAUUACCAAAAGCAUACCAGCCCCCAUGCAGAUUCAAGCACUCGUCCUCUUUGCAUCUCUAGCAGCAGCUCUGCCACCCAAACCCAUUGUCACAUCAGUCGCCAAGGCCAGACCUGCUGCACCCACGACGACACCCCCUGCAGCACGCAUCCAACCUACCACUUCUACAAAACUUUCAUCAUCAACGACAAAACCAUCAACGACCGUGGUAGCCAUUUCGAAUGCCGGCAACGUCGCAGCUGCUCCUACAACUUCAUCUGCAGUGGUCCCUAUGAAUCAAUUGACCCUGCCGUUCGCCAAUCAACCGGCCUUUGUUGACGCCAUGUUGGAUGCGCACAAUACCUACAGACAACGCCACGGGGCAGCCAAUCUCACGUGGAACCCAAAUCUCGUUCAAGGCGCUCUUGCACAGCUCGCGACUCAGCAAUUUGCUCAUACGACCAACAACCCGUAUGGAGAGAACCUCGCAUCCUUCUACAGAAAUGAUUAUGCUCGACCUCCGGUGAAUAAUCAAAACCCAAGACAACAGGUGCAAUGGUGGUAUGAUGAGGUGAAUGUGUACAACUUUAGUGCACCAGACUACUCGCACGCUACAGGUCAUUUCACACAAUUGGUGUGGUUGGAUACGACGCAGUUGGGGUGUGCAUGGGAUCAAUUGAAUGGUACCGACGGUGGAUAUACACGGCGUUUAACGUGUGAAUACUGGCCAAAGGGUAAUUAUCUCGGUCAGUUUGGGGAUAAGGUGUUGACACCGAGGGGACCUGUGCCUGCUCCUCAGCCGACGUUGCUUUGAGCGUCACUGUAUAAUCAAGGGUUUAUAGGUGCGUAGAACGAGCGAAAGCGUGUCAUGUGUAAUGAAUGAG